CACUGUUCUCCCAACCAUCCUGGCCGAGGAUUGCAAAUCAUGAAGAUGGGUGGAAGAAAGUGGAGCAUCUUGGUGGCCAUCUUCAUCUUGCUUAUGGCCAUGGAAGCUGCCAUUGUUCAAGGUCAAGGCAAUGGCAAUGACAAUGGUAAUGGUAAUGGAAACGGUAAAGGAAGUGAUAAGAAAGAGAAGGAUAAGGAAAAGAAGGAGAAAAAGCAAAAAGAGAAAAAGCCAAAGAAGGAACGUGAUGAAGCCUCGGAUUAUGACAAGCUGUCAGCACUGCCAUCAGGUCAAGAACGAGGGUUCUGCAGAACAAACACCACCUGUGAGUUUAAGACUAUAGUGUGUCCAACCGAGUGCGCAAAGAGGAAGCCCAAGAAGAACAAGAAGUCGAAGGCAUGCUUCAUUGACUGUAGCAGCAGCAAAUGUGAAGCCACCUGCAAGGUGAGGAAAGCUAACUGUGAUGGGUAUGGAUCUCUGUGUUAUGAUCCUCGCUUUGUGGGUGGUGAUGGUGUGAUGUUCUACUUCCACGGUGCCAAAGGAGGAAACUUUGCCAUUGUUUCUGAUGAUGAGUUCCAAAUCAAUGCUCACUUCAUUGGUACUCGACCACAAGGAAGGACUCGUGACUACACAUGGGUGCAAGCACUUGCUGUCAUGUUUGAUUCACACACUCUUUUGAUUGCAGCCAAUAGAGUAUCUCAUUGGGAUGACACCGUUGAUUCUCUCACAAUAAAGUGGGAUGGAGAACUAGUCAAUGUUCCCAUCGAUGGAGAAGCUGAAUGGAGGGCCAAUGGUAAUGAAAGAGAAGUGGUUGUGGAGAGAACCGAUGAGACCAACACUGUGAGAGUGAUGGUUUCGGGUUUGGUUGAGAUGGACAUAAGUGUGAAGCCUAUUGGAGAGAAAGAAAACAAGGUUCACAAUUACCAGUUGCCACAAGAUGAUUCUUUUGCCCAUUUGGAGACACAGUUCAGGUUUAAGAAAAGUACAGAUCAUUUUGAAGGAGUUUUGGGACAGACUUACAGGCCAGGGUAUGUUAGCCCUGUCAAGAGAGGGGUUCCUAUGCCAAUGAUGGGUGGGGAGAACAAGUACGAGACUCCCUCUCUCUUUUCAACAUCAUGCAAACGAUGCAUGUUCCAGAGGCCAUCUGAAAUAGCAAACACAAAAGGAUUAGUUGCUAAGUAUUGAUAUCAUGCUUCAUGAAACAGUAUAAGAUUUUCUUAGUAACCAAAUAUUUAACAUCUUGCAUUUGGUUUCUUUCUAUUGUAUUCAAAAAAUAAGGGCCUGAACUGUUGCCCAUGAUAUCAUUAAAUUAUACUGAUUAAUGAGUAUUACAGAUAUGAAGAAGUGACUAUUCCCUGAUGAA